GCCUGCGUUAAAAAGAGGCCGUCUAGAGUCGGGUAAACCAUAGUCCACGGGCAGGUCUUGUCAGGUUGCAGGACGUUGAAAGAUAUUAGUGUUUGUAAUUUUCCACAAUAACUGUUGUUUAUAGUCUGUUUUGGAGCCAUGAAUCCUGAUAUUGCGAGAGAGCGUGAAAAUGCUACAUUUGACGUCAAUAAACUGACCAAUAUUUUGGACGGCGGCCCAGAAAAGACCACUAGACGACGAGAAAUUGAGUCCCUGGUUUUCAGCGACCCAGACUUUAAAGAGGACGACCCAAACUUCCUGUCCCGCAGUGAACGCUAUGAUCAGGCUGUCAGAAAAAGUGUUCAAAUGAUCUUGAAGCUCAGAGAGUAUGGCAUUGCUGACCCAGAAGAGAUCCAGCACUACAAGAGUAUGGUUAGUGUCAACAGGCCUGAGGCUAUGGGUCUACACUUUGCCAUGUUCCUCCCAACCCUGUACAACAUGUGUGACCCUGAGCAGUCAAGGAAAUGGUUGCCUCUGGCAGAAUCCUUCCAGAUCGUGGGCACAUAUGCCCAAACUGAGAUGGGUCACGGCACACACCUCAGAGGGCUGGAGACCACAGCCACAUAUGACCCAUCCACACAGGAGUUUGUCUUGAACAGCCCCACUGUGAGCUCCAUCAAAUGGUGGCCUGGAGGACUUGGAAAGACCUCCAACUAUGCCAUAGUUUUGGCCCAGCUGUACAGUCUUGGAAAUUGCCAUGGUCUGCACGCUUUCAUUGUACAGAUCCGUGACAUAAACACACACAAACCCCUGCCAGGUAUUGUAGUUGGAGAUAUCGGCCCCAAGUUUGGCUUUCAUGAAGUUGACAAUGGCUUCCUGAAAUUGGAGAAUGUACGAAUUCCACGGGAGAACAUGCUGAUGAAAUACUCCAAGGUGGCGCCAGAUGGCUCCUAUGUGAAGCCACCGAGUACCAAGCUGACCUAUGGCACUAUGGUGUUCAUCCGCUCAAUGAUUGUUGGCUCAUCAGCAGUGGCACUUGCAAAGGCUUGCACCAUCGCCAUCCGCUACAGUGCUGUUCGUCACCAGUCUGAAAUCCGGGCGGGAGAGCCGGAGCCUCAAAUCCUCGACUACCAGACGCAGCAGUACAAACUGUUCCCUCUGCUGGCCAUGGCCUAUGCCUUCAAAUUUGUUGGCCAGUAUAUGAAGCAAACCUACCUCCGCAUCAGUGAAGACAUCAACCAUGGGAAUUUCAGCGAGCUGCCUGAGCUCCAUGCCUUGUCUGCGGGUCUGAAGGCCUUCACCACAUGGGAAGCCAACUCUGCCAUCGAGGUGUGCCGCAUGUCAUGUGGUGGCCACGGUUACUCUCGAAGCAGUGCCUUGCCAGACAUUUAUGUCGAUUUCACCCCUACCUGCACCUACGAGGGAGAGAAUACCGUCAUGAUGCUGCAGACUGCCAGGUAUCUGGUGAAAAGCUACCGACAGGCCAAAGCAGGCCAACGGCUGAGUGGCAUUGUGUCAUACCUGAAUGAAGCACAGAGUCGGGGGGUGCAGCCACAACCUGUUGCUGCUAGACCAACCGUGGUUGACGUUAAUGACCUGAGCAGCCUGGUGGAGGUCUACAAACUCCGAGCUGCCAUUCUAGUUGACUUGGCAGCGAAGAGCAUCCAGCAGGAGUUGCAGCGCAGGAGGAGCCAAGAGGAUGCCUGGAACAACAGCGCUAUCGACCUGGUCAGAGCCUCAGAUGCGCACUGCCACUAUGUUGUAGUGAAGCUCUUUGCUGACAAGCUAGGGGAGGUUGGUGACACAGCCAUACACUCAGUGCUGUCAGCCCUGGCUCUGCUCUACGCUCUGCACGGCAUCACAAAGAACUCUGGAGACUUCCUACAGGCUGGACUGCUGAGUGUUCCCCAAGUGAUGCAGAGUUCUCUUCGCAUCAAGGAGCUGCUCUCUCAGUUGAGGCGCAAUGCUGUGGCACUUGUAGAUGCCUUUGACAUCCAUGAUAAGAAGCUGAAUUCAGUUCUGGGACGAUAUGAUGGGAACGUCUACGAGCACAUGUUCGAAUGGGCUCGCCGCUCACCCCUUAAUGCCACAGAGGUCCAUGAAUCCUUCCACAAGUACUUGAAGCCUCUGCGGUCCAACCUGUGAGCUGGCCUUAACUGGACCUUCCCUCCUGACUGUGACCCUUCAAAUCUACAUGCAUGGGAACAAGUGUAACAGUGCUAACCUCUCGUAUCAACCCCAUGAUGCUCUUCAUUUGCCACCACCUGGUAUAUACCAGGAAACCGAAUACAAUCAGUCCCUUCAAAGGCCACGGUAGACAUAAAACUGACCCUCAAGAAUGAUGGAGAGAUGAUAUAACAAAAAGACAGGGGUGGACAGAAAAUGAGAAAACCAGGAAUGAAAAUCAAUGAUGAGUACUAAUGAAAUAAAGUGAGUCUGUGUUUAUAGAAAUAGCUUUUAUGAGAUUAAAAAACAAUCGUAUUUACAGUUUUAGAUUGCCAUGUUUUCUCAGCAGUAUGUCCAUUGUAGAGUUAGAGUAUCUCAUCUUUCACGUCUUCAUUUUCUGCUGUGUGCCUGAAGCCUCCUGUCUGAGCCAGUCAAGAUAGAAAUGCCAUGAUAACUUUGUUUUUUCUCAAGAAGAACAGAAUGCCAUUAUGAAUGUUACAUAAUGUCAAUGAGCAAACCAACAGCAACAUUUGUUUUGGCUGUUUCCCCUGAUUACAAGGAUCAACAUGCUACUUAAAAAUAACUGAGUGUUUGUAAUAUCUGUUGAAAAGUCAUGAAUUUGUUCAUGAGAUUCAUCAGUUGACUUUCACAAGGUUGCUCAGAGUCAGACAAGACUGCACCCAUGAAAUAUAUUAUGACAGACUUCAAAGUUAAUUACAGUUUGCACUGGGCAAAUUGUCCUGUAAAAUGCUAUGACAAAACUGAUUUUUGCAUUGUUGAAUAAAACCUCUGCAUACAUUGUAUGCAGGUUCAGUGAGAAUUAUAAUUACUGCACCUUAAUGGUCACACCCUCAAGUAGAUGUUUCAAUCAAAAUGUAUAAUUUUAGUACCAAAUACUUCAUCCUUGUGGUCUAGAAAGAUGUCUGAUUGAAGUUGUUGGUUUCCUCCUUUGUAGAGAACGGUGGCUGUGGUCACUUUGAAUCUAUAUGCCACUUUACUCUCCCACAAGACAGAAAAAAAAAACUAACAGUAGAGCGAUCUGCAUUUAGUCUCAGUUCCACCACCUUUCAAAUCUG